UUCCACGUCCUCAUGACGUCGGACGGCUCGCCGUACCAGCGAUGGCAGUCGCGAGCGAUGUAUUACCACUACGAGAAACAGCGCGCCAAGGCGGGCGCCGCCGGCGCGAUGGGCGACUUCACGCGCCUCCUCCACAGCGGCGUCCCGGACGACCUCAUGAGCGAGAUUCCCACGGUCGUGGUGAACAAGCUCCCUCCGGACGUUGACGACGGCGGAUACGUCGUAUUACAUCGUCCCUACGCGAUUAAACAGUGGCUAGACUCGCACGCGGCCGCAAUCGAGGAGGAGUUCGUCCUUCUCGCGGAGCCGGAUCAUCUGUUCCUGCGGCCAAUGCCGCUGCUCGCGUCGAAUGAAACGGCUGUUGGGUAUCCGUUCUUUUACAUCACCCCGAACGACGACGCCCACUGGAAGAUACUCCAAAAGUUUAACGCCGCGCGCGCGCCGCGCGCGUCGUUCCCGCCGACGGGAAACUCGCCGUGCAUGCUGUCCAUCGACGCGCUGCGCGCCGUCACGCCCAUCUGGCACGAUCUCGCGGUGCGAAUGAAGCACGACCCGGAGGCGGACGCGGCGUUCGGGUGGGUGCUCGAGAUGUGGGCGUACAGCGUCGCCGUCGCGCAGGCGGGGGUGAAGCACGCGAUGGUAGACGAGCUCAUGAUUCACCCUCCGUGGGACGCGAGCACGCGAGCGAAAUCGAACGGGCGCCAGGCGUUCGUCAUCCACUACACGUACGGGCAAGACUUCACGAAGAGCGGCCAGAUGACGAACGGGAAGGUUGGGGACUGGCACUGGGAUAAGAGAGAUCACACGUUGACGCCCCCGGGGAAGAUACCGCCGCCGCCGAGAAAAGCGAGCGGGGGGACGCGCGCGCUCGUGAAGCUGUUGAACGAGGCGAUGGACAACAUCCCGGAGUGGGAC